AAGCUACUCGCCGGUAGUUACGUUUCACUGCGUACACCGUGAAGGAAAGUAGUUGACAAGACAACGUUGCUGUUUCUAGCCAAAAUUCGAUAAAUGUACCUGUCUUAGCAUGAGUACAAGGCAGGCUAUGCCUUGUUGGAGUAUCUCUCGUUUGCGGCUGUUCURCAUGUCAUUCAAUGGUGUUUGGUUGGACUCAACUCCUUGGCAAUCUUGGCAUGACAGCGAUCGCCGGUGAAAAACCUGCCUCGCUUUCUACGAACCAAACGGACGCUCAAAUAGUGCUACCAGCCAAGUUCUCCAACAUCAAGAAAGCAGAGGAGUUUUCCUCUCAGAAGCUAAAAUGGAACUCUAGUGAGGAGGUGUUGUCUGUACUUAUUAGCUUUGACAAGCAUGAGUCAUGGUUCUCAAAACAAGUCACAAGCAGACCUCCAAAUGGUUCAAUGUUUUUGUUCAAUAAACAAAAAGUCAAGGAUUACCGUAAAGAUGGAUACACGUGGAAAAAGAGAACAAGUUCAAGCUCAUAUAUAAGGGAGGACCACUGUAAACUAAAAGUUUAUGGAGUCAAUUGUCUAAAUGUCUUAUACACUCACUCUGCUAUUAUCCCAACAUUUCAUCGUCGUAUAUACUGGUUGCUGCAGAACCCUGAUAUUGUCCUGGUACAUUAUUUGAACCUGAUAGAAGAAGAUUUGACAGAGCAGGUUACUUUUGCUCGUGAACAGAAGAAAUCUAACAUAUCUUGUCAAAUCAAGUCAAUAUUUUCUGGAGUAGCAGAGCAUUUGAUUCCUAAUUUUGAGAUCACAGAAGAAAAUGAAACAAGUUCUCCAACGUCAGCAACUGGCAGCUUAUCACAGCAAAAGAAAUCAUUCAAUACAAAGCAGUUAUUCAAAAUAGCAAUAUCUCCUUCAGAUCCGCCAUCACAAACAACGGCAACAACAACAGGUGCAACUUUAUCUGAACUCACAAACUGUGCUCAGUCAACAUACCUCUGGAUAAGAACUAACAAUGGAUCACCCACUUUUACUCACUUACCCAUACAAACCAAUCAACCAAACCUUAUGUCCGGUCAUAGUAACCUUGGCAACCGUCAGUGUUCAGACGUCAGUUUCAUACAGGGCCAAUCCACGCCUCAGUCGUCUUCAAGGACAACCGCAGUCCUAUUGACUCCAGUCUGUAAUAUCACCAGAAAUGGUCCAGUUAAAACAACUGGAUCAGCAACGUCUAAUGUUAGUUUAAAUCAGGAGAAUGUACGGUUACUUGGAUCGAGUUCUGUUACAAGUACUCUGAGUGUACCUAUUGGGUAUCAGGACACACCUUUGAGGUCAGAAAUUCAAAGAACAGAUCAAUUUUAUAACGUGAGUGAAUCCACGAAUGGUGAUUUUCAUAGCGACAGUGGGAGAACUAAUGUGACUACGAUUAAUACGAAUACUCGUCUUACAUAUGCUAGCCCUUGUGGCAUUGCUUCACAGCCUCUGUUGUUCUUUAGCUCGUCGUCUACUCCAGGUACUGUUCGUUCAGCAUCAACCAUAAAUGUAUCCACAACGAAUGAGAGCAAUCCUGUAGACGUGAAUUAUUCAAAUGGUACGACGUUUUUGAAUAAUCCUACCUGUGUUGCUACAUCCGCUACUAAUGCGAUGGUAAAUACUAUGUGUAGUUUCACGGAGCAAAGAGAGCAUAAUUCGAGUUCACCCAUGGAUUUUCAAUUUCGACCCUUCUCGUUGCCUGUAGACGGCGAGGGACAUCUAGAUCAGACACAUAGUAGUUCCUUCCACAAUUCUGGUCAUGUGACCAUUUCUGAAUCUAAUUUGAAGCAGGCAAGCCAUGAUCCAACCUUAUCAUCGCAUGGUAUCCCUAUUUCUACUGCUCAAGAUUCUACAAGUGGCGGGAAAUCCUCUGACAAUUACCCCAACUCCUCUACCAAUCCACAUUCAGUAUCGGCAGAGCUCAGUUCCAGUCCAUCAAGUGAUUAUGGGAGCCUUUUGUCCGAGUCAGGUACUCGUUUCUCGGGGUGUGAGUCCUUGUCUUCAGAGCUUGGGAGUGGUUCAACUGGCCACGAGAGUGCAUUUGAUGGACCGUUUCGCGUACCUGCACCUGUUAGUUCCAUGCAGAGUACCCAAAACUCGUCUUCUUUCAGAAUUAAUUCUGUUCUGUCGAGCAGCCAUGACAUGCAUACUUCAGGUGACGUCACCCAGUUCAGUCGUGACACCAGCACCCCUCUAGACUCAAACCAUGUGGAUAUGAGCUUUGAAUUGCCGGAAUUGAAUGGCUUUGAGUUGGACUACGGAACGUGGAGCGAUGACUUCAGCUCGGUUCUUGGUGAUUAUUUCAACAAUUCUGAUUCUGCUGGGGACAAUUCAAUGCAAGUCAGAGACACAAUUACGCAGUUGGAACAACAAAUUGAGCACCCGGAAAAAGACGACCAUGUACCUAAUGAAAACUCGUCACGUAACGAAGAAGACGAUUCCUUUCAUGAAGAUAAUGAUAGAAUUGAUAGUCCAGGGCAAGUUCGCCAACAAAAUGAGCAGCUUACCCAAAAUACUCCAUCCUCUUUCAAUCAAUCUAAUACGACUGAAACAACGGCGUUAGCAAGUACUCUAGGGGUCAGUGCGAGUGAAACAUGCUUGACACCAGUAAACGACGUUGACAUGUCAAACCAUGGUUCAUCCCAGUCCUCUCGCCUGGAAAAUGUUGGUUACCAAAGUGAUGCCACGUCAUUCCAAACGACAGGUCAACCAGCUCCCUCGCCAUCAGUUAGCGUAGAGGACAGUCGACAGACACCGAUGAGUAACCAUCAAGUAGAAGCUUCUAUCCCAGACGCAGCUACAGGGACAGCGGUAACAGUUAUGCCCGGUUCGGCUCGUAUAAGUGAUUUUUCUCCUGACUGGUCGUAUCCUGAGGGUGGUGUAAAAGUUUUAGUAACAGGGGAGUGGUCUUCAUAUGAUGUACUCUACACAUGCCUCUUUGAUGGGUGUAGCGUCGAAGCUACCCUCGUCCAAGUGGGUGUUCUACGGUGUUAUUGUCCCCCACAUGAACCAGGUCUAGUCACUCUCCAAGUUGCGCGCAAUGGGUUUAUCGUUAGUAACGCAUGCGUGUUCGAAUACCGGGUGCACGACACGCCGGGGGAUCUAAAUACUCGCCAUGAAUGGUUAACAAUGGACGACGCCCGCUUCAAGCUCGCUCUGCUUGAUAGAUUAGAGCGCCUAGAAAGUAGACUUGGACCACAAGCGCAAAAUAUAAAUACUCCACAAUCAAAUAGUGGUCAAGAACAAUGUAGGACAUUCGAAGAGCGAGUCAUGACGACUUGUAAAACUCUCUUCCAAGCUAGGUUCAGUAACGGGAGUGAUUUAAGCAGGCCGUAUCGCGGAAUGACUCUGCUUCACCUGGCGGCAGCCUUAGGGUUCGCUAAACUCGUCAGGGAAAUGGCAACGAAAUGGAAAGACCCUGAAGCUAGUGAAUUGAUUCGACAAGAAAUCGAUCCUUCCAGAAAAGACGAAUUCAGCUGUACACCUCUGAUGUGGGCAUGCGCACUGGGGCAUCAGACGGCAGUAGCAGAGCUAUUGUGUUGUCAUGCCAAUGCCCUUUUUGUACCAGAUGCUUGUGGGCGCAUUCCUUUACAAGUGGCUCGGGAUAGAAGGUAUUUCGACGUUGUGGAUUCCAUCGAGGAUUAUAUGAGAAYGUCUCCUGAAAGGAUAUCUAUAUUCAACCUUGGUUCUUUCAGCGAAGACGAAGAAGAUGCAUCAGAGAGUUACGUCUCUUCUCCAUCCACGGUCAACACUCCAAGUGCUCACGGAACAGCACAGUACCACUCCCCGUCCCUACCCCCUAACAGUCAGCCUAUGUCUGUAGAGAACUCGUAUACAGAUCGCGCAUGCUCGCCAAUGCACGUUGAAGAACUGAGUAAUGGUGGUGUGUUACUUAGCCAAGCCUUGGUACAAAUCCACGAAAUGAUUAACGAGGCGGAGAGACAAGCAGACCUAGAGAAUUCGCAGCUACAAGGCAUUGCUACACGUGUACCUAUACAAUUAUCACCCGUACAGGAAGAGAGCCAGCUGCUUACUUCUCCAGGGGGAUGGGGCUCAUCCGGGGGUCGGUUAAGGUCGCUAAGUUCUGCAUCUUCUCAAAGCUCUCCCAUGACUCCUUCAUCAAAGUCUUCGCUGUCGCCUGGCUCGCCAGGGUUCUUGAACUCACCGCAUUCUUCUCCCGGUGUCCCCCCGGAUACGAAGGAGUUUCACGAAUUUUUGUGCAGCUCAAAAAAACUUUUGGAGAAGAACUUUUCUGAACUUACACUUACAGAUCGUGAACAACAAGAAUUGUACCAGGCCGCACUAAUAAUCCAAGAAGCAUACCGAUCCUACAAGAUUCGAAGACAGCAACGUGACCAAGAGAUGCAAGCAGCAUUACUCAUACAGAACCAUUAUCGCAAAUACAAACAGUUUGUUUUGUACAAGAAAAUGACGAAUGCAGCCUUGAUAAUCCAGAAUCAAUACCGAGCCUACAGAGAGCACGAACAGUUUAAGAAGAGUCGUCGAGCUGCUGCUAUCAUUCAGAACCAGUUUCGCAUAUACAGACGAAGAAGACAGUCACAGAAGCGUCGAGAUGAACAUAAAUCCAAGCAGCAAGAAGCACGCUUCAUGAGACAGUCGUCUAACAGGUCCAAUACAAGCCAUUAAUUAUUCUCAAGGUAAAGGAAUUUCCAAGUAUAUGUGAAAAAGCUAAGAUUACGAGACCAAAUCACAGCGCCUGCAGUCUACGAACAACUUCAUAUUUUACUCAAUCAGUAAAAUAACCAUGUAAAGAGUUUAACAUAAUCAUUUAACGCAGGCUACAAUACGCAGCUAAUAUAGUAAAGCAUUCGUACAAUCCAAGUAUGUCUCUCGCCGGAGUACCAUUUUCUUACUUUAUUUAAAAAAAGGAGACAUGUUUUAACUUUGCUAGUUCUCGCUAGAACACUAUAGUGUUUUACAAUCGUCUUCUCAAUACAUGCAUUCUGCUCGUUUUAAAUCAUGGAACUACAGCUAUGUGGCUAAAUUAAUGGACUUUCCAAAUUUGGAAAAUAUGCCUAACAAACGUGCUUACUUUCUGCUAAUGUUAAAAGAAAGUGCCAUUCGUUUGUAUAUAAAAACAGACCAACUCUUGUUACUGGUUUCAUGGAAAAUAUCUUUGAAGAAAAUUUCAAAGAAAAACAAAUAUAACAUGUAAAAUAAAUAACUAUGUCAACAGGGGAAAAUAGACCUUUUUCGAGUCCCAAAUUACCGCAGUGUCUCCUGAUUACAGACCCAUUUACUCAGGCUUGGCCUCGUAUCAGUGUCUAAAUAUAUAGUUCUUUAUAUUAGACAUUUUAGAGUGGAUUACGAGUGGAUACAGUCCUUUGACUAAACGUUGUCGUUGAUCGGAUCAUCCCUACGCGCCUAGACCGAAAAGGAUAACGGGUAAAUUACCCAGAACUUGCGUCAUCCAAACUGCUCACCAGUUUAAAUCUUCGCCGUAUGCUCGAGGUAUGGUUUCAGCAAAUUAAGUGGGAUCGAAAACAGCGAGCUCAAGACGUGUUAGAUAACAUAUGCGGCAGCUAGUAACUUUGAAUUAAUUAUCCCUAUGAUUCUUUUCGGUCUAGGCGCGUAGGGAUGAAGCCGAUCAAACGACAACGUUUAGUCAAAGGACUGUAUUUGGAGUCUGCCCGAGACAAAAUACAAAGACGAGAAAAAAUGUCCACUCGUAUUCCAACCUAAAAUGUCUAGUAAGUUAUUCAUUAUUCAACUGAGCUUACUUUUUCCCAAAAAGAUUUUAAAACGAAUAUUCUUUUAAAAAAACUAGUUUUCAAAACGGUUUUUUACUGUACAAAACAACCUAGAGUAGUACAAAUAUCGCAGGAUAUUUGUACUCGCUCCAGGCCUUCUUCGGCGUUAUUUGUAAAGGAAAUCGCACGAUCUCGAGUACAAUUCGUAAUUUAUAGAUACUUGCGAUGUUUUGAAAGUUUUCAAAAUUGGUCGAGUCUUUUUAGGAGAGUCGAAUUUGAGAACUUUCAAAACAUCACAAGGUUCUAGGAAUUCCGAAUUGUACGAGAAGAUUGUGCGAUUUUUUGUUUGUAAUACACUCAAAAAAGUUGAGCAACUUAAUUUGGACUCUACAGGGUACCAUUUGGGAUUUAUUUGUACUCCUCUUGUCCAAUCAGAAUUGAGUAAUUUUGUUGAGUAUUCUAUUAUAAGUACUCUAAUUUGAAUAGUUGUAUAAUAAUCAAAAAAUACCAACGGUAAAGUAAAGAAUGCACGACUUCAACAAUACAAACAUUGAAAUUCCACGGACCUUAACUGCAACAAAUGAAUAUGAAUUCGAGGUCAAUCCUGAGCUACAGAGACCUCGAAACUGGAGUAUUUUCCCCCUGGUGUCGACUAUUCAAGGAAAGAGGUUUUUUGUAAAUACUAAACACAGCUUGCACCAGAAGCUUGCGAAGAACGCGCGUAAAUCAUGGCAAGGGAAGAAAAAAGUAUAAACCGUUGCAGAAUAUUCCCGACGCAGCUCAAAAGAGAGGAUAAAGAGGGUCCUGACGUGGUAAAAUGGGAGGUGGGAUUCGCCUUUUUGGGGCUGGGAAAAUGAGAUUUUAUGCAAUGGGAAAAACAAUCAAAAAAUUAUUUUGAGAUUUGAGCAAAACGUAGGCUAGGACUAUGGGAUUUGGUCAAAAGGGGGGCUGGAAAAUGAGACUAGGACCGACUUCAGGACCCUCCUAAACAAAAUCCUCUCACAAAAAUUGAAAAAUAUUUGUUGACCUCUGAAUUAAGUUAGCCACUCUGGGAAUCGCAUUAGUCAUAACAGGCAUGUUAAAUAUUCUCAAGAGAUUUCUUUUCAAAAUAGUCGCAUCAUGACUCUAUCUAUAUAUAUUAUUAUAUUCGAUGCUAUCAUUUUGUAGAUCCACGCUAAAGCGACACGAGUGAAAAAUGCCAAAACAUAUGUCAAAACAUAUGGAAAUUUGACUUUCUUAAAUGCCUGAUGAAUUGGACUUUACAAAAUGCCAAGACCUAGUGUCCAUGCUUGGAACUUAAGGCUAAUUCUUUCAUAUUGUGUUUGUUAAUACAGUAUCUUGGUCUGACAAAAGUAUACUCUCGAACUUUUUUGACGUGCUGAAAUGCACGCAUGCGCAAACGUUUUUCUCUAGUGUCUGCUAAAGCUAAAUUAAAUAUAAGAUUUUGAUUCCUGAAAUCAGGUGUAAAUGUAUUAAUAAUAGUAAAGAAUAUUUAUAGACCAUUAUUUAUUUGUUAAGUAAACAAAUUUUAUCUGGUUUACUUACAGAAACCAUAAGAGAUAAACCAGUGGUUGAUAA